AAAGAAAUAAUUUCGAAAAUUCCACGUGUGUAAAUGUUCCCUUCAAUUGAGCAUAAAAUGAAGUAGGCGAUAUGCCCAAACAUUUCCAUUGAAAUUUAUUAGCAUUGUCUAGCAAUGAUGCUCAACACAUCCUUCUCAGUCGGAUUUAUGGGGUCGGAUUAUUUCAGUCGAAUCAUUGAAAUCUUCUGCUGAAUGUUCACAAAUAAAUUCACAAAUUUUAUUAUCUCAAAUGUAAAGAGAAAUUUUAUAUUCGAGAAAUGUGUUUUGAUGAUUGUUUACGGGAAUGAAAUAUGUAUAGAAAAUUAGGUUGAGUUUGUAAUUCACUAGGUUUGUUCCUUUCCCACAUACCUACAUAUGUCUAAAAGAGUUCUUUGGUAAAUAUUGUGAGAUCAGUGAACACGUAUACUUGGACGAGAAGAACUGUUUUGUGAACUUUGUGAAUAUAUUUUGGUCAGUAAAGCUAAGAAGUGGGCACAUUGAUGGAGAAAGACUGAGAACGAGCAUUGACUCUCAAUGCUCUCAAUCCUUGACCAAAUAUUGAAACAAGAGGGAUAUUGUUUAUAUUUCUGAGAGGGAAAGGCAUCGCACUAAGGCUGUUCAAAUGCGUCAGCAUUCGUUACCAUUUCGAUUUCCGUAAGCUCAUGAAAGCUUUAAAAAGACUCUUUUAUGGGAUGAAAGAAUCUUACAGACUUUGAUUUUCCUAGAAGUAGAAAUCUUUCCGAUCUGUGAAAUGAUUCAGAUCUAUUUUUGUACCUUCACCAGUACUCGUUUGAAAUAAAAUCACAACAGCUAUUGACGUAUUGAUAGGCACCACUUACAUUUUUUUUAAAUUAAAAAUCUGUAAAAGUCAUUUUUAAUUAUCACGGAAUCGUUUACGUAUAUUGCAUGAUGUCAUAAUCCUGACAAAUGACCUGGAUUUUCACUUUUCGACAUUAUUUGUGCGCGAUUUGAGAGAGAUGUUUUUGUGGAUUUGGUAGUAAAAUGUGAAAUCAUUAAUUAUCAAUGCAAUUGUAUCAUUUCACAGUACUUUCCGCGAUUUGUACCCAUCUUCUUGAGCCCAAUCUGUGGGAGGUGUGCAGAAUAUGAAGAAUUCGUGGAAUAAUUCGGUGAAUGUGGGUGAAAAUCUGACACUAGUGAGAGACACAUUCCUCGUGGCAUUCGGCAAUGGCAGUGAGAGUAACAGAUCCAGUAUUAAUACAUCGCUCGCGGGUUUCGAUGGUGUUGUGCAGAUUUCAGCGCCGAGCAAUGAGUUCAUCUUUGAUAGAACAGACGUGAGAAUCGUCAUGUUCACCCUCUAUCUCAUGGUUUUCUGCUGUUGCUUCUGUGGAAAUCUCCUUGUUAUCCUUGUCGUAACAAUGUCGAGACGUCUUCGCUCAAUCACAAAUUUCUUCCUUGCCAAUCUGGCUGUCGCAGAUUUCUGUGUUGGCGUCUUCUGUGUCAUGCAGAAUUUGUCAAUUUAUCUCAUCCCCAGCUGGGUAUUCGGAGACUUCCUGUGCAAAAUGUAUCAAUUCACCCACUCGUUGAGCUACACCGCCAGCAUUUUCAUCCUUGUGGUAAUCUGCAUGGAGCGCUAUUUCGCCAUUAUCCACCCAAUUACAUGCAAACAGAUUCUAACGUCCACAAGGCUUCGGCUGGUGAUUGGGGGCGUCUGGAUAACAUCGGCCGUCUAUUCAAUCCCCAAAUUCAUCUUCGUGCGAACCAUCACAAAUGAUUUGGGUGAUGGCACGACUGAGACAAUCUGCAUCAUGUACAGAAAGCGCUACGACUCCAAAUUGUUUGAUUUAAUCAAUUUUGGCCUACUCUACGUCAUACCUCUCCUUGUGAUGACGAUCCUGUAUAGUCGAAUCGCAAUAACGCUAUGGAAGAGCUCUCAAGGGCUCGAGAGGAAUAUUAUGAUGAAGAAUACACCGCAGUAUAAUAGUGAUACCACGCAGUUGGGAUAUGAAAGUCCUCAGCAUCUCAACACGAUGAAUGCAUCGUGCCGGAGGCCAAGAAAUCAUCGAAGACAGUUUGAUAUCGUCGAAAGUCAGACAAAAGUGUCAAUGUCGGGCGAGAAAAGCACAACGUGGAGAACACAGAGCUUCCGGAAUCCUCGACAUCAGCACAUGCAUCACGUCGGCACUCAAUUAACGCAAGUCUCACAUUCCUCGAGCAAUGUUCUGAGGGCACGACGCGGAGUCAUCCGGAUGCUGAUGGUAGUUGUGCUGACAUUCGCCCUAUGUAACUUGCCAUUUCAUGCCCGGAAGAUGUGGCAAUAUUGGUCGAAUGACUACAAAGGAGCAUCGAAUUUCAACGCUCUCUUCACUCCACUCACUUUUUUGGUGACAUACUUUAAUUCAGGCGUCAAUCCAAUCCUGUAUGCAUUCCUAAGUCGCAACUUCCGGAAGGGAAUGCGAGAAUUGCUGCUGUGCUCAUUCAAGAAGAACCAACGACCGUCGAUGCGACAACGCCUACCACUUCAGGCAAUAAUCCAACAUGAUGCGAACUGCAACACUUCAAUUUGUCACGAACUGAGAUGACCAGAGUGAAGUCACGUGUACGCCGUGAUGAACACACUCUUACAACCAUCAUGCAAAAUGGCGAGGUGUAGAAAAUGUAUUUUUCUAUUAUGUCAAAGUAAGAAAAGGCUAUUGUCCAUUGAAAAGGCUAUAUUGUCCAUUAUCGGUCUCCAUGUGGAGCAAUUAUAUCAUAUGAAGAGAAUUUGUAAUGAAAAUGUCUCACCUUUGAUGAAUUGUAACAAAUUACAGGAAGAACAUUCUUACCAUUAUUACAAUCUGUUCUAAUUGUGAAGAUGAUAGACAGUUCAAAUUAUCCAUCGAAAGUCGAGGAACAAUGAAUAUUCUUUAAGUAGUACAAUAGUACAAAAUAUCACCGUUCGUUAAUAAAUGAGAGCUUUU